UCUGAAUUGGCAACCAAAGAGUUAAAGUCUGUUGCAUAAACUCUCCCGUGCUUCAAGAAAUCGCCUGGAAGCUACUUGUGCAGGCUUUAAAUACUGAUUUGACAGAUCACAUUUUACACACAACCUGCCACUGAGAAAAUAGCCCAGCACUACUACUACUACUACUACUACUAUCCCCAGCAGCUACUGAACACACCAAACACAUACAGGGACACGAUGGGAACUCUGAGAGUAUUAUUACUCUUGUCCUUUAUACCGUCGCCGUGGGUGCUCUGCUCAACUGGGAAACACUUUAACCAGGAAUCAACACUCCGACUGGAACAACAGGAUGUACUGCCCAAUAGAGAAGCCUAUCUGGACGCAAGGAGGUCUAAGAGAGUGGCAGCAGCGUUGUGGCUGGGAGAGGACUAUGACUCCAGCAUGGUGUUCCUGCCUGCUGAUGAACCAGACAACGCCCCAGCUGGGGGUGACGCCUCAGAGCUGCCAACAUGCCUGCUGUGUGUGUGUCUGACCGGCUCUGUGUACUGUGAGGAGGUCGUCCCAGAGAUGACUGCUGUGCCCACCCUGCCCAAGGAGACUGCCUACCUCUACGCACGCUAUAACAAAAUCAAGAAGAUCACCAAUAAAGACUUUGCAGAUAUCGUGACUCUGAAGAGAAUCGACCUAACGGGGAACCUGAUCUCAGAGAUUGAGGAAGGAGCGUUCUCUAAACUGACCCUGCUGGAGGAACUCAAUCUGGCUGAGAACCAACUUGUCAAGCUGCCCAUGCUACCCGGCAAGCUCACCACCUUUAACGCCAACCACAACCGGCUCAAAACCAAAGGGGUCAAGGCGAACGCCUUCAAGAAACUGGAGAAGCUGAUCAACCUGUUUCUGGGAGACAAUGCGCUGGAGGCUGUACCGGUGAUCCCGGAAAACGUCCGUAUUGUCCACCUGCAGAACAACAACAUCACGGAUAUCAGCUUCGAGACGUUCUGCAAGGGCAACAACACGUACUACAUAAGACCCAACCUGAUGGAGGUGAGGUUGGAUGGGAACCCGGUGCUGCUGUCCAAGUACCCAAACAGCUUCACCUGCCUCAAGUCUCUCCCCGUGGGACAGUACCGCUAAAGACUAAACUCCCUUGGGGAAAAGAGGUCUUCUGUUCUGACGUCAUUUUGGACUUCCUGGUUAAAUAAAAAAAAUAAAAAAAGGUU